AUGACCUUUGGCAACAUCUCGACAUCAAAGGGGGCAGGCAGACCAAAAGUGCCACAGCUGAUGCCUUCCAGGAAGUACCUGGCAGAGGCCAAUAUUGCCAGGUCCCAGGAUCCUCUGAGAUUCUGGGACAACCACAAGACAGUAUAUCCAAACCUCUUCCAGCUGUCAUUACAAUUUCUCUGCACUCCAGCCUCAUCUGUGCCCUGUGUUGAGUUGACUUGUCUCUUCUCUCACCGGGACUCCUUUUUGAUGGAUGAGAUGGCAGACAGUGGGGCAGAAGGUGAGCUCUUGCAGAAGCAUCACGGUGCAAAUGAGGAGCAAAACGGACAGCAGAUAGAUUCAGUGCUGCCUGUGGAUGAGGGGAAGCAGAGCAACCAGGGGGAAUGUGAUUCUCUGGUGUUAUGGAAGAAACCUCUGCUCACGCUCUACUACUUCACUUUGGAGCUGCUCAGCACCCUUCAAGAGUGGUUAUGGAGGCUCUGGCAGCAAAGACAGGCUGUAUUUGGUGUGCUGAUCCUGUUUACUGUCCUCGUCAUUGUGUACCAGAUUGAAGGAACACAUCAGAAGUAUGUGCGUUAUGUGGAGAAGACGACGUUGUGGUGCGCCUACUGGCUCGGCCUGGGCAUCCUGUCCUCGGUGGGCCUUGGCACCGGCCUGCACAUGUUCCUCCUCUACCUGGGACCACACAUGGCAUCAGUGACUCUGGCAGCUUAUGAAUGUGGCUCAGUGAAUUUUCCUGAGCCACCCUAUCCAGACCAUAUAGUCUGUCCCCAUGCGGAAGCGCCGGCAGCCGAGCAGCUGGGCGUGGCAGCUGCAGAGUCAGCUGGGGAGGUGGGGACAGCAGCUCUCCAGGGAAGCGUCUCGCUCUGGACCAUCAUGUCCAAAGUACGCUUGGAAGCUUUCAUGUGGGGUGCAGGUACAGCUAUAAGAGAGCUCCCCCCAUACUUUAUGGCCCGGGCUGCACGGCUAUCCGGCAUUGACCCUGACGAUGAGAACUACCAGAGGUUUGAGGAGAUGCUGGACCACACCCAGUCCACACAGGAUUUUGCCACCAGAGGAAAGACAGCUGUGCAAAGUCUAAUCCAGCGGGUCGGAUUCUUGGGGAUUUUAGCCUGUGCAUCUAUUCCAAAUCCGUUGUUUGACCUGGCAGGAAUCACAUGUGGACAUUUUCUGGUUCCCUUUUGGACUUUCUUCGGUGCGACGCUCGUUGGGAAAGCAGUCUUCAAAAUGCACAUUCAGAAGCUGUUUGUGAUUGUCUCCUUCAGCAGGCACAUCGUGGAGCAGAUGGUGUCACUCAUUGGAGCUGUUCCACUGCUGGGUGCGGCACUGCAGAAGCCCUUCAGGGACUACUUGGAGGCCCAGAAGGCCAAGCUACACCAUCGCGCCGGUGAGGGGACGCGCUCUGAGGAGAGCUGGCUGUCGUGGCUGUUUGAGAAGAUUGUGGUCAUCAUGGUAUGCUUCUUUGUCUGCUCCAUUGUCAACUCCAUGGCCCAGAGCUACAUGAAGUGCCAGCAGCAGGAGAAGUGUGCGGAGAAGAAGUCGGACUGAUCGCCGCCUCCAAACAAACCCCCUUUGGCCUCUCCUUUAGAAGUACUCCUCCAAAGCUCCCGCCACUCCUCUCCUCAUUUGUACUCUGAUACCCCACCAUUAUCUGAAGCAAAAUAUCGAGCGCCAUCUGGUUUCUUUCUUGUUAAUGUAGCAAACAUGUGAUGUUGAACUUGGACUUGCUUUUAAAGGCUUUACAUUUGGCAGUCAUUUCCACAGUUGUAAGGUAGGUCGCUUGCUAGCAUGUGUGCGUGAGAGCACGAGUAAGCCGAUGUGUUUUUUUUUUUUUAAGACGUCCGUAGCAGCUGCUGGCAAUAAUUCUCCUCAGGGAGGCCUCAAGGUGCACUAUUAGUCCCAGUAGAAACUUAAAAGUCACUUUGUUUAAGCUAGGAUCCUCAUGUUUGCUGUGUAGCUUAUUUGCGCUAUAUGUUACUUUGACAAGAACACUUUCUGUAUUUAUUCCUGUGCUCAGACUCAACAUGACUGUGUCCAUCUCAUUUCUCCAUACUGUAUCCCGUGUGCCGAAGCAAAGCUCUUAAUGACUGUUUUUAGUCAACCCCUCCCUUGUGUGCACAGUAAACUCAUCUCCGGACUUUGGGGAUAAGACACGAUGAAUCCGCCGUGAAUCAUCCUGCUGGUCUUUGUCUGCACUUAUUGUUGUGCUUCCAGGAAGAGUGCACGAGUCAGCCCAGGGCCACUUUACCAGAUGCAGCCAUAUAUUGAAUCAGAUCUGUGACUGCGCGUGAGGGAGCGGGCGAGACGCGGUAGAUGGUAGGUUUUGUAGCCACGACAUUUGUUGCUCUGCCUUUUUAUCUUUUAUGGAUGAAAUCAGAUUGUCUUCCACUAACAGACUGGGAGUCUGUCUGGAACUGGGCAGCAGUUAUUAGAGACGUUUAAUGUCAUGGAAACCGCUUUUCUUUGUCUUCGCUUUUCCGUGAUUUUUUUUUUCUUUUUUUUUUUAACCCUCAAAAAGGAGAUGCUCACAUUUGAUGGAUUUUAGUCACGUUAGUUCUUUGGAUAACGUCAGCUGGCUCUUGAUAUGUGCAACACCUUCUCUUUCUCUCGCUCUCUCUUUUUCUUGUGCUUUUUUUGUCUUCUGUCUGCUGUGCCGCUGGACUGAGCGCAGUGGGCGCUAGAGCAGGCACAAGCAGGAGAGAGAGAGAGAGAGAAGCCUGAAGCGCAGUGAAAAACGUCUGUGCUGUUACCUCAGCUGAACCUUCAAAUGAACUCGUUGCACUGCCCCAGUGACGGAGCCAGGAGACGAAUCGCUCGCCUCGAUUCAAAACAGAGGGGUACUGUUGAACGCGCUGAACCCUGCGCUUUGCACUAGCUCUAGUCAGAACACUCGCAUCCACUCUGUUCUCCUGCCAUGGUAAGUAGGAGUAGGAGCUUUUUGUUGUUUUUGCACACCUGUGUCUCAGGCAUGUCCGUCACUCUCUCGGCCUGUCAGAUAGCUUAUCAGACUGGUGUUGGCUGUUAAAAUUGCAAGGCGACAACAGUCUGUAGGCUGUCUGACAUUUCGGGCUCUUUCAUCUGACCAGCAUCCUGUUUUGUCGUCCUGCCAUUGUCAUUGCCUCAGUUUUAGCAUCAGUUCUCAUCUGGAGGUGUGUGCUGCGAUGUCGCACCCCCCACUCCCACCCCCACCCCAUGUGACACGUCUCAGACAACAUGACUCUAUUGUCUGUUUCCUCCAUGCUGACGUCUGUGAGUUUUUUUUUUUUUUUUUUUUUUCGCAUGGUAUUUAAUGUGGGGGGGGGGCUGUUUGCAGAUGUAGUGGUGUCAAAGUCGUCAGCGUAAUUCUUGGUGCGCACUCAUGCUGCUGGCACGAGUGCUCUUGAAUUUCCAGAGAAUCCAGUACACGCCUUAUUGCGACACACUGCAUUGUGACACCCACUCGUAGGUACGGUACACACACUGCUCGCACGGCCGGCUUUUCCCUUCCCUUUUUACACUUCCCUCUUCUGUUUCACUGAGAACUUUCCUCUGUUGCUCAACAUGCUUUUUUUUUUUCUAGGAGGCUGCACUCUUAUUUGGAAGAACUUGCCGUAGGUGAGGUUUUUCUGAAGGGAUACUGAUUUGUAAUUAUGCAAAGCUGAAAAUCGUCACUUGAGCGAUGGAUAGUUUUAUUUUAGUUCCCCCGUAAGAGUAGAGAAAACAAGUCAUAAAAGUAAAAAUCAUUGGAUAACACAGGAAUGGCCGGCUGGCUCGGGGAGUGUGUUUUUUCUUGGCUGUUUCAGGAUGUCCUGUUCCAUACGGGAGCCCCCCGUUUGGCGUGCCUGACUGAAUGUAAGUACAUGUGUCUGUAAAGACAUUCUGUGCAUAUUUCAAAGUGUAACCGCCUGUGUUUCCCACAUCAUAAAUGUCUGUCUCAGUAUAUGUGAUGUAUGUACAUCCACUGUUUCUUACUCUGGUUUUACUCUCAAUAAAGUCUGUUGAGCAGAG